GUCAUGGGCUCAGGCACGGCGUCAAAGCCGGCCACCUCGCUCGCAACCGCCACCGACCUCAACGUCGACGAGACUAGUCUGGCGCUGUGGCGAAAGCUCUAUGCCAACUUCGACAAGCGUAAGUUGGUGAAGUGGCGCCAGCUCGGCGGCGGCGACCUAGAGCCGGUCCUCGCGAGCGGCGCCGUCGCCCUCCUCGACGCGCAGUGGAUCAUCAGCCACGCCGUGGCGGGCGGCGUCCUCACGCACCGCCAGGCGCUUCCCAAAGAGGCCUUCCUCUCCCUCGCCGACCUCGUCGAGGCGAUCGAUGAGUACAGCUUGUCCUUGCCCGUCGCCGCGCUCUCUUACCCGUGGCUGACCAAGGACCACCCCGACCCGCGCGGAGCCAAUCUCGGCCGCGUCGCAAAGGCGCUAAAGGCCCUGCUCAGUGAACCCGACUACAUCACGCGGAUCGGCGUCUUUUGGGACUUCGGCUCGCUGCACCAGCACCCUGACCCCGCCAACGGCGGGCUGGGCUGCCUCGGCACGCUCUACUCCCACCCGGAGACACGCGUGCUUCGGCUGACCUCCUUCCCGAAGGACCACAAGACGGAGCACCAGGCCGAGGGCACCAACGUGGCCACGUACUUCGACCGCGGCUGGUGCUACACCGAGAACGCCUGGGCGAGCCUGACCAAGUCCGGCCGCCUCUCGCUCGACCUCCGCUUGAUGCGCGACGAGGAGGAGUACAGCUGCGUCAGCCUCGUCGACGAGUGCACCAAGGGCGGCGGCCGGCGCCCUCCGCUGCUGCCGUCUCAGUUCGCGGCCGAGCUGGAGACGAAGAGCUUCACCAACGGCAAGGACGACAAGCCGCUCGUGACGCGGCUGUACAAGGACGCCUUCGAGGAGCAGUUUGGCAAGGCGACCGAGCUGCGCUACGUCCGCCUCGGAUGGGGCGACGCGGAGGCGGCGCAGGUGGCGGCAGUCCUCGCGAGUGGGGCAGCGCCGGAUCUCAAGGAGCUUUAUCUCGGCUACAACCAGAUUGGCGACGAGGGCUGCAACACGCUGGCCGCCGCCCUCGGCAAGGAGGGGGCAGCGCCGCGGCUCGAGGAGCUCUAUCUCAGCUACAACAAGAUCGGCGACGAGGGCUGCAAGGCACUGACCGCUGCCCUCAAGGAGGGGGGAGCGCCUCGGCUCAAGAUGCUCUAUCUCGAAGGCAACACGAUUGGCGACCAUGGCUGCAAGGCGCUGGCUGCCGCUCUCGUAGAAGGGGCCGCCCCGAGCUUGAAGACCCUGUUCGUGGGCAGCAAGCCGCCCGAGCUGGUCACUGCGUGCAAGGAGCGCGGGAUCUACCUCGAUCUCUACAUAGACAACAGUCACCGGUGAAACAUAGUGCAGCUUCAAUAGAGCGGACUCUCUGAAAAGGCCCUCGCACGCCUCCCACGUCCCAGUCAGGUCCCAGUCGCAGUCUUGCUUUUAUUAACGGUACUGCGCGCA